AUGCAAUCAACCCCAGGAUUCAGUCUGGCCCGACUGAACAUUUCCAGUCAGAGGGAGGUUAGCUGUGGCAACAUUAUUGUAGAUCCACAAGCCUACGGAGCCGACCCCGCCAAUUCACUAGCUACCAAGUGCCCGCUUUGCAAACAAACACUUGUGACAAAGGACUACCAACUCACAUUCCGGAAAAACCAUGCACUGAAGGGCUUUGCAAUCAGCUCACCCGAAUCGGUUGCCAAGGGUCAGAAAAAGCGCUGGCCUCUUUGUCUUGAGUGCGUAAAGCGGCAUUUUGGUCCUGUCACCCAGUGUGCUGCCAAGCUCACAAUUAGCGUAGCAAGGACCAACCGGAACUCGGUGGGUUCAGCUGAAGUCUGGUUCCAGCGCGAGAGACUAGGGGGGGCAUGGAGCCAAGUGAAAGAGGUGUCCGGGGGCGAGAUUGGCAAACUGCGAGAGAAGGCAGAGGAGGAACGGCCAGGCGGGCGCCGCAGGACUACUGCAGCGCAAGCAGCGGUGAACAGAGGCCGAAAAGUGGGGGAGACGGCAAUGUCCAGCGCGCAAGUGGAGGGGCAACUUCACUUAGAGAACGGCGAACCGUCCGACGCGGAGGGUUGUCGGACCAUCCUCGACCAAGCUGUGAUGUAUCUCGAUGGCCUCCGAUCAGGAGAGUGCGCUCUUUACAGGGUUGGCGAGCCUGGAUCCGCUAGUCCUGUCUACCUGGCUAGCACUUGGAAUCACAACGCCGCCAGAUCCAAACCUCUCGGGCGCCCUAGCAAAGUGCGCGCAUUGCUUGAGACGGUGCAUCGGGACACGAUGGGAAACCUGAGCUGCACUUGCGAUUGCGGCCGACGGUAUUCCCAGGCGCCGUGCGUGCACAAGCUUGUGCUACAGGCGUUGGAGCCGCCGGGGCUAGCGAGCGCCAUAUCGCUGCAGAGGGGGGCGAGAGUGGUGGAAAUUCCAUGUGACAGGAUCGGGGAGCGGGUUUUCGGGGUGUACUGGAAUGCAGGUUCGCCCUCACCUCAGAGGACGAUGGUCCACCAUGGAGAGGGGGCGCAGAUGGGCUGGUAUUGCGAGGGGAGGAAGAGCGGAUGCAGUAAGACGUCUGACUGCUUGCACAUUCAAAGGGUGAGGGGAGCUUUGAGUCGACCGGGCGGUGUGGACAAACUGAGCAAGUGUUCGUUCUCGGAUGGGCAGCUUGAGCUUGCAAAAGCAUCUUUGAAGGACGGGCUGGGGGAGAGCCGAGGUGGUAACGGCAUAGUGCGCAACGGGCUGUAUGCACCCGAUGCCGAUGUGGACGUCUAUGUGGAGGAGCUGGUCGUUGGCAGUCACGAGAGGGCUGCAUGCAAAGGGUCAAGCUGCUUCUGCAAGCAGCAUCCGAGGGUGUUCGGCGGCGACGCUGAGGUGGCCGUGGAGCCUUGCGCAGCGAGAUGCUGCACGUCUGCACAAACGAACGGAAAGAGGGUUCGAUCGAGGCAAGGAGAAAGCUCCGAUGGCGUCGGGGAGGCGAACAAACGCAGAGGCAAAUCGUUUUGGGUGGCAAAAGGUACAAAAACGGAGGAGCCGGACGCUGCAACGGGCAGCACGGGGGAGGUCGAGUCGGAUGCAGUUGAGGAGGGGGAGCGAAGAACGGAUAGUGCCCCCCAAGUCAAGGACCGGAAUGCGUUCUUAAUCCCGGUGUGUAACAUCUGCGUGUGCCCUUCAAACGUGUGCAAACAUGGUGCCGCUCGGGGCGUUGCGACGGUGUUGCCCAUGGAAGCUGAGGGCGUGCAGCUGGAGGUGCCCAAGCUCGUUCGCCCGACGGAUGCCUGGCAGGUCCACGAUCCCGAGGUGUCGCUGUUGCGGAGGCCCGUUCGAGUCAGCGAGCUCAUGGCCCGAGAUUUCGAAGAGCUGAGCGCAGCAAAGAGUCUCUCCGCACCGUGCCCGCGACGGCCACCCCCUUGCAAGACCCACUGGUCGGGGUUGUGGCAGAGUGCACAGAUAUACGACCUGUAUUGGUCGCAAGAGGUCAAGCUCCGGAUCUACUGCUGCGCAUGCCCCGAGAAGCAUACCGUUCACUUCAACGGGGAGGCGCUCGGAUUGUACGCAUGGACGCGCGGAGUGGUGGUUACGCAAGUUGCCUGUCAGAUCCUGCUGCGGUCCGUUCAGAAGUCGGGAGCUGCUUUCAGCUCGCUCGUUGCAGCUGGCAAUACGGUGCGGCGUCAAUACAACCCCGAUGCGACCACCUUGUCGGAUGAGUGUUGGCGUAAGGCGAGCCUUGGCUUCUUCAAGCUGUGCGGGCGGCAGAUCAUGGAGUGCUGCUCUCUGUGCGGGCCACAUCCGGAGGUCCUUCUGUGCGAUGGCAUCGCGGGGCUUGCUUGCGCUGACGGCACGCGCCAGAAGGGUGGGCUUGCCGGAACAGAUGCAGCCUUGCUUCGUCCGUUCACGGCUCCAAGUCAAGGCUCCGAUGGAGUCAGCGUGCGGAAAGUCAUGGUGGCUGGAAGCCACUACCUGGCGGCGUCUCUUGCGGGAGGGGGCCUGAAAAAGCGUCUCCUGCAUCAGCCCGAGCUCCGGACGCUUCGAGCGCGAUUCAGCGGACACCAUGCUGCUGACCCCGAGCUGGGAAAGACGCCAAGUGCACGAGAGUACGAGGAGCUCCUGGUCGCGCUUGAAAGAGACGACGUGCAGGUUGUCGUGGACUUUGUCCAAGAUCCGGAUGAUGCGGAUGCCGACCCCGUUCUCUUGCACUGGCGUCGACGGAUCCCGAGCCAUCAAGUCGGCCAGAUACGAUCAAAGAACACGGCGGUGUGCGAGCUUCUCAAGGGCGUCCAGGCAGAAGCAUUGCAAGACGGGGCCCGAUGGCCUCCGCACUGCCCCAACAGAUGGGCGGAAUUGCUCUACACCCUCGGGGCGCCGUUUCCGGUCUCGGACGACUCCAACCUCAUCCAGCAUGGGAAGGCCCUGGGAGUGGUCCGCAAGCUUCUGCUAGGGAGAGCCGCAAACGACGACGACAGGGUCGUGCUGGCCGAGCAUUCCCCAAUCCUGCGCCGGUUACUAGACCACUACGGUGACCACUUUCCCCGGUAUUUCCAUCCCGCGCUACACCACCUGUAUCGGUUGACGCUGUUUGCACGGGGAGCGAUGGGGCUUGGGGUUGGACGGGCGGGGUGGGCGUUGUCGGCCAUCGAAGGCCUCGAUGUCUGCGUGUGGCUGGAGCGGGAGCCAAAACCCCUGAGCUUCGAGCAGCAGCAAGCCUUCGACUUCUGGGCGGCCCGGGCGAAUGCUCUUCUCCCAAGGGUCGAAAGCCUGUCCCCUCCAGAUCCGCACGAGUACGCCCUCCUUCCGCCGGAGCGGAUGUUGUUGAACGAGCGGCUCGGUCUCGAGGCGGACGGAUCGGAGCCUGGACCCCUUCCUCCGGACCAUCCCUAUUGUCGUGAGCAACGAGAGCUAGGCUGCUACCCGCUUCCAGGGUGGGAGCAAAAACGCCCCCUGCCGCAAUAUGAACCGUUUGAAGACGACCUCGGUAGGUCUCGCGAGCGCGACGAGGAGCACCGGUGUCGGAGCGGGCUCACCGUCGGUGAAUUCGAUGCCAAGGUUGCUCUGGAAAGCGGGUUAAAGAAGAACAAGCGCCUCCAACGGCACACGAAGGGCGGCUUCGUCUUCUGCUGUACGCACCGCGUAAUAUACGGGUUCCACGUCAUGCUCCGCGGAGAGUCGCCGCGAGAUCCUUUCACCGUCCUCUACACCCGACUCAAUCGGAGAGAUCUUCCUCUGGUCCUCGUACACGACAACGCUUGCAAGCUGCGCGCCUACGCGAUGCGGAGAGAGCCGGCGUUCUUUGCGGACGUUCGGUUCCUGGUCGAUAGAUUCCACUUCCACCACACAACCGCCGAGGCACACAAGUGUGGUCCAUCAUACAACACAGACUACUACGACUCUGUGCGAUGGGUCAAUACGUCGGCAGUGGAGUCGUGCAACGCGUUUCUUGUCACCUUCAAGACGCAAGCGUGGUAUAGUAGCCUCGUAGCGUUCAUGGUCAUCCUCGCUAACCUGAUCAGCGGACGGAAUAGCGAUCUCCCACGAGUUGACGCACCAAAGCUGCGCAUUGCGGGCAGAGCAGACACAUGGAGCCCGUCUGUACGGCACCGACUCUUGAUGUACUAA